AUGUUCUUGACACGAUCUGAAUAUGACCGCGGCGUCAACACCUUCUCGCCCGAGGGUCGUCUCUUCCAGGUCGAAUAUGCAUUGGAGGCCAUCAAGCUCGGCUCAGCCACUGUAGGCAUUGCGACAAAGGAAGGCGUCGUGCUUGGCGUCGAGAAGCGAGUGCAGUCCAAGUUGCUCGAGUCAUCAUCGAUCGAGAAGAUCAUGGAGGUAGACCAGCACCUCGGUGCAGCAAUGAGUGGCCUCACUGCCGAUGCAAGAACCAUGAUCGAGCACGCACGCGUCACUUCGCAGAACCACGCCUUCACAUACGACGAGGAGAUCAAGGUCGAAUCCGUCACACAAGCUGUUUGCGAUCUUGCCCUCCGGUUCGGAGAGUCCACAGCUGGUGACGAAGCCAUGAUGUCAAGACCGUUUGGUGUUGCACUCCUCAUUGCCGGUAUUGACGAGAAGGGCCCACAGCUCUUCCACGCGGAUCCAUCAGGAACCUUUGUGCGAUACGAUGCCAAGGCGAUCGGAAGCGGCUCCGAAGGUGCACAAUCGGAGCUACAGGACAAAUACAAAAAGGACAUGACAUUAAAGGAAGCCGAGAUCCUUUGCCUCCGCGUACUGAAGCAGGUCAUGGAGGAGAAGCUGGAUCAGAACAACGUGCAACUCGCCACAGUUACACCAAGAACCGCCAAGGACGGUCGCCAGUCGGGCCAAUUUGCCAUCAUGAAAGAAGAGCAGCUCCAAGCGUUGAUCGCCGAGAUGUAA